AUGUCCACCAAUGUCGGGUCUGCCAACAACAAGACCCUCGAUCAUGCAUUUGAUAUUGUGAACACCAACCAGAGCAUCACAACACCCUUUGACGAGAAGACUAUCGCUCACAUGGGCAAUGGGAAAUUUGACACGGAGGCUGCACCGGAGGAAGAUCCCAGCCCGGAGGAUGUAUAUCGGACAGCAUCUACCGUGGCACCGUCUCAAAGAUCAGCCAGAAGAGACCCUGUUAGUCGAGUGACCACAGACGCUGAAGGGAACACCUACCCGGAGGGGGGCCUCGAAGCAUGGUUGGUAGUGCUGGGCAGCUUCCUCGGUCUCUUUGGCUCUCUGGGCCUGGUUAACACCAUUGGCACUUUCCAAGCAUAUGUCCAAACCCACCAACUGAAGGAAUACAGCUCAGGAACCAAUGGUUGGAUUUUUGGAAUGUUUGCCUUUCUCACUUUCUUUUGUGGAGUGCAAAUCGGUCCCAUCUUUGAUGCUCGAGGCCCACGCCUUCUCGUCUUUGCGGGUUCCGUAGUUGAAAUGGCUAUGAUCAUCCUUCUCGGCUUCUGCACCCAAUACUGGCACUUCAUGCUGGUAAUCGGUGUACUGGGUGGAGUGGGAGCCUCGCUCAUUUUCACACCGGCGAUCUCGUCGAUUGGACACUAUUUCUACGAGAAACGUGGAGUCGCAACUGGAAUUGCUGCCACUGGUGGCUCUGUCGGGGGCAUUGUUUUCCCUCUCAUUCUAGAAGACCUCUUCCCCAAGAUCGGAUGGGCCUGGGCCACUCGGGUUGUCGCGUUGAUUUGCCUAAUUGCGCUAUCAAUCGCAAAUCUCUUGAUCAGGUCUCGACUCCCGCAGAAGCCAUUUUCCAAGGAGAACGUGCUUCCUGACUUCCGCAUAUUCCGAGACCCGCGAUUCGUACUUACUACCGCCAGCGUCUUCUUUAUUGAGUGGGGUCUUUUCGUGCCAAUUAGCUACAUCUCAUCCUACGCCCUCGACCACGGUUUCUCCACCAAGUUCUCGUACCAGGUCAUUGCCAUCUUGAAUGCCGGCUCAUUCUUUGGGCGAUGGCUACCCGGCUUCUUUGCUGAUUUCCUUGGCCGCUUCAACACUUUGAUCGCAACGGUAGCGCUCUGCGUGCUCUGUAACGCCUGCCUGUGGCUUCCUGCCGGUGAUAGUUUGCCUCUGCUGAUCGUUUACGCUGCUCUUUUUGGAUUCUCAAGUGGCAGUAAUAUUAGCCUGACGCCAGUCUGCGUUGGCCAACUCUGCAAAACUGAGAACUAUGGCCGGUAUUACGCAACUGCCUAUACCGUAGUGAGCUUCGGCACUCUCACCGGAAUCCCCAUUGCAGGCGAGAUCCUGGCACGCUGCAAUGGAUCCUACUGGGGCCUUAUUACCUUUACUAGUGUCGUGGCUGUCCCGGAUGUGGCGCUAGAACAGCCCGCUCUUGAGGAUCGUCGUCGAGAAGAGCGUGACUUUGGCUUGCAGGAGCGCCACAAUCAUCCUGGACUUGAGAGCUCGCUGCUUUCUGUCUUGACCGAGGAGUUAGCUACGACACAUGGUCCGAAGGCUGAGACCACUACAGUCCCCGGCGGAGGUGGCGGUACUACAGCUCCUGGUGGAGAUGGUGGUACUACAGUCCCUGGAGGAGGUGGCGGUACUACAGUCCCUGGCGGCGGAGGCGGAACUACAGUCCCUGGAGGAGGUGGUGGCACUACAGUCCCUAGCGGUGGAGGUGGUACUACAGUCCCUGGUGGUGGAGGCGGCACUUCGCCCGGUGGCGGAGGUACAACUGCUACCCCAACUGGCGGCGUUCCUACUGGUGCCACUGGAACUUCCCCGACUGGCGGUGCUACCACAACAACCGGACCUGCUCCUCCAGUCACUGAAACUACUCCCACUACCAGUGCGCACCCAACCACCACUCUUACUUCUCCCACUGGCGGCGGUGGUGUGACUACUUGCCCAUCCCCCAGCGUUAUUACUGAAACUGUCGGACCGACGGCUUGUCCUACUACUACCACCGUUGGACCAACGGCUUGUCCCACUCCUUCCACAUCUCAGGAGACGACGGUGAUCCCGGUGACGGUCACUUGUCCUGUUGCUAUAGUGAGCACCGCCACCGUCACUGUUACAUCUGGUCCAAGCUUGGGCUCUGUAACAACAGGUUGUCCUUGCCCCACUGGAACUCCUGGAGAAGGUACUGGCGGAGUGUCUCCAACCGGCUCCCCAACUGGUACCCCGACAGCUCCAACGACCACUACUGGCGUAGUCUCCCCAACUGGAACCCCAACUGGCACUCCAACUGGCACUCCAACUGGUAGCCCAACUGGCUCCCCAACCGGCUCCCCAACUGGCAGCCCGACAGGACCAUCCACCAGAACCACCACCAACACCCUGACUCAGACCCAGACCCAGACCCGAACAUCAACGCCUCUCAUACCAACCACCACUAGAGGACAUACAGUCACCACAGGCUUGCCCACCACACCAGCUACCCUCGUGACUUUGCCUACAACAUCUGUAUUUGUGUCCCCUGGAACGCCAGGGGGUCCGCGUGUGACUCCACGAGCAGUAAUCAACCCGGAUGUUGUUCGUCGACAGAUAUUAAACAACACGACAGCAACGGCCCACUUCACUAACACGACUGUUGUUUCGAAUACAACGACUAGUGCGGUGAACCUCACCCGCAUUGCGACUGAGACUGCCACCGAGCCUGCACCCGCUUUCCUGCCUCGCUUUCAUCGUGGACGGAAUCGUGUUGCUUAG